AGGUGGCGAUAAUGCUCCUAAGAAGUUAUUCGCCAUAAAACAACAAGAAGAAGAACCAGCACUAGCAGCCGUAGUCUGUGGCACGCAGGGGCAGACUGACCCAUGCUAUGUAUUUUCCCGUGUAAUUAUCACAAACUGUUGUUUUUGUGAAUGGUUGCAUGCCGGUGCCCGCACGAUAGGUUGCAAUGGCACCGGGUUGGCAAGAGAUCGCUUCACUGCAUGUGGAGCAGAUAACGGGAUAUGUCAGAGAAACCCUGUCGACCGGCCUCGUCUAUCUGAAGUCUGAGCUGGGAAUAGACUUAGGCUUGAAUCCUGAUCUGUGCGCCCCAUGGCUGCUCCUUUUAUCGGCCUGGGGCGGUCUAGUUCUCAUUCUGAUUUUAUGGGUCUCGGUCUGUCGUGGUUUAUCAAAAAGACUUUCAGGUACAGAGACAGGAGCCGACAACACGGGUCCAGCGCAAACGGUGAAGAAGGCAGAUGAGCCCCGAAGAAGGAACAGAAAGAAGAAUGCUGAGAAGGUUUGUUUUAGAGGCGAUUCAUCUCAUAAUCAUUUUUGUUUUCGUAAAACAGGUUCGUGGACUAUUGUGGAUGGACCUCACAAUUCAGUUUCAUUCAGUGGCGUGACUGCUGUGCCUGACCUGAGUUGGAGUGCUCAGCCUUCUGUGCCAGUGGAUGAUGAGUGGUCCGGAAUAAACAGCACAUCUGCAGAUCUAUUGUGUGACUGGAACGCUCCGUCAGAGGAGUGGGGGAACUAUGUUGAGCAACAGCCUGUCAGCGCAGCGCCGAUGGAGCCGCCGGUCCCAGAAGUGGCACAGGAGUCUGAUUACGAGAAAGAUAAAGACGAAGCAGGUGCCCCUGGUAGCGGUAGAGCUAAGAAGAAGAAGAAGAAGAAGAAGAAGGUGGAGGAUGCUGGACCUUCUGCUCAGGAUACAUGCAUUCAGCCGCAGGAGAAGGCAGAGAGAGACCCAAGCGUUGCAACACUGGCACAGAGUGCAGCGGGAAACAUCUCACCUGCCACAGCAAGGCCACGUGUAGAUGACACGGCACGUGCUGUACCAUCAGCUUCGGUACUGACGCAACAGAGAAUGACUGGACCUGAGCCGACUGACAAAUCCACUCCUGGACCAACACAAAAAAAAACGGACGACAGCAAGGAGUCUUCGAAACAACCAGUCAAAAAGAAGAAGGCUAGGAGAGAGACAUGAAGAUACAGAAGAGAUGAGACAACAUAUGCAAUCUUGGGGUUGUACAGAAUUUCAUACUUCCUGAGUGACUUGUUUUUUGAUACCCUUGAAUCCGCCGUGUUGUGAAUCCCGUCCUAGUGUCUACAUCCCUUUAGGUAUAUCUAGACAAAGUACUGUAAUGUUACACGUCACACUUCAUUCAGAAUAGUUUCUCUUUUUUAUGUAUGUUAAUUGCUAAUUACAGUCAAUUUGAUAUUUGUAUUUGCGUAAUUUUUUGUAAGAAGAUCCUGGCGAUCAUCGCAAAGCACUGGGGACGUAUCAAGAUAUACGCACAGGAUCCACCAGGAACCUAUAGAUCAUUGAGCUGUUACAUGAGAGCGUUGUCUCAUCCUUAAUUUAUGAAACACUGAGGCGGAUUAGAGUGCAUAUGUGGAUCAAGCCAUAUGUGAAAACCGAAACAGACACUAAGAGUAGAUGACGCUAUUAUCACACAAACAACCUAUUAACCGUACGCUUUGGUGAAGUAGUAGUGAUGUCGGCCGGGUUUCUUGUGAUCAUUGUUACACCAGGUACGGCAGUGUCAGGAAAUUUUCAAUGCCUUAACUUGUGUUGUGCAAGAUAGCAGCAACGAUCUGUCAGCUGCAUGCCGUUUCCUCUUUCGUAUUUAUUGGUUAAUAUAAGUCAUGUUUAACGAGUAUUAAAGAUUAAAGAGAUUCUUUGCACACCUGUGUC